UGUUAAACGAUUAUUGUUACACUUUUUUUAAUUGUUCAUCUUAUGUAAAUUUAUAAUGGGAAAUUAUUUUAAUACGAUUAUAACUAAUAAAGAAGAUAAACCUGUUAAAAUAAAAAAUGACUCCAGAAAGAAGAAACACACAGAGAAUUUAGGAAAUUCGGUUUAUUUUGAUGCCAAUAUAAAACUGGAAAAACAGAGAAAAUGCAGAAAGGAUGAGGAACCUCGCAAAAUUUUCGAAAAGUGGGAUAAACUGAAGCUGAAAUUAAGCCCAUCAUCCACAUUGUAUCACAAUAGAAUAAUUAAUGAUUCGUACAGUUUACCAGUACUUAAACGUAAACCGAAAAUCUGCGCUUUAACAGUCAAGAAUUUGGAAAUUUGGGAUGAAAUAUGCGGGCAAAAAAUGAACAUGUUAGAAAAAUACUUUUAUGAAAUUAAUAAAUGCGAAAGAGACGAUAUUGAAGAACUUGAUGAAGAACAGGAAGAUGACAAUGAAGUAUUUAAAACUGGAGAUGAUGUUUUUGCUAAAUUGAAUAUACCUAUUUCUGAAUUCCCCUUUUAAACAAUUGCGUGAGUUGCUGACAAGUUAAUAAUGUUACUUCCCGUUUCACGUGAAAGAAAUUGAAGAAGAAACUAUAAAAACAAUGGUUUUAAUAUCAAUAAAGUUGCAAAAUUUUGAUAAAUAAAGCUUUCAACAGCUCUUCA